UAUGUGAGUAAAAAAUCGUCUGGAAAACACUACAUGUUAUAGUCACAUUCCCAAGACUUCGUGAGUCAAGUCAAGCGACGAGUUUGCUUAGGAGUGUUAAGUGACGGACAGUGUCAGUUACUGCUGUCACACACAGACACACACACACAGCUUUGAGCGAUCAGGCCAGUGAGUGCUAGCGUUAACCAGGCGCUAGCUGUUGCUAGCCUGGAAGCUCCUGGCUCUUUUGUGGGAUUGGGGUGACAUUGCGCUUGUCAGUACACUACAGGAUUUACCCGUGUGAUUCAGCCGGAGUGCCGGAAAAAGAACACUACAAAAAAUCAAACCGUUUUUUCGUGAAAGUGUGUGAGGAGCUAGCAAUAGAGGAACAGACAUGGGGACGCCAGGGUCUGGACGAAAGCGUGCGCCAAUUAAAGACCGCUUCUCAGCCGAGGAUGAAGCUCUAAGUAGCAUAGCACGAGAGGCAGAGGCCAGACUUGCUGCAAAGCGGGCUGCAAGAGCCGAGGCACGAGACAUCAGAAUGAAAGAACUGGAGCGUCAACAGAAAGAGCUCUCCUACCACCGCUCAUCUUCUAGUAGAAAGUGGGGUCAAAUCCAACAGUGGAUGGCUGAUACAGAAAAGGCUCGACACAGCCAUCAAUCCAGGAGUAAUAGUCGCCGGAAGGACCUGGAAGAUGAUACCAUGUCAGUACGAAGUAGUGGAAGUUACAGGUCAUCAACCUCAUCACUGCUAGGCAGUUCACAUAGCUCCAACCGGACUAGCAGCUCCAGGAAUAAAGGCUUAGUGUCUGAUGCUGGUAGUUCCUCAUUGAAGAGCUCUCGCUCCACUAGUUCUGUUUAUAAUGAUCUCCAUAUGAAACCUGCUUCCUCAAGAAAAAGACCUGACCUACUGACUGGCUUGUAUUAUGAUCAAAGAAACUACAGCAGUUUAAAGCACUCCAAACCUCCUCCUCCUGCCACUUCCACUGUUUCUACCUUUCAGCCCCGGGCCGCUUCCACCACCAACUCCACAAGUCUGACGCGUAGCUACAGCCUGGCUUCUAUAGGUGAUGAUGGUCUUUAUGGCUCAUACAGUUCCAGAGCUCCAUCUGAAUGCAGCUGGUAUUCCUCUGGUGCCAGCUCCACACAGAAUAGUCCAGUGUCCUCUUCUGAUGAUGAGACAUCCAGCAUUAUGUCUCAGGAUCGGGUUAAACGUGGACGAAGGGAUAGUAUGUCAUCUGAACUUUCUGAUAUGAGUGAGAGUGCGGCUGACUAUUUCAGUCGCUCAAAUCGCAGAGGCAGUAUCGUUUCUGACCUAGAUGAUCUGAGCAUUCCAGAUCUGGACAGCUUUGACGAGAAAUGUGAAAAGCAGUACUCAGACUCCUUCAGUCGGCCAUCGUCUCGAUGUACCACUCCUGGUCUCUCUGCCGCAGCACUGGCUUCUCUGGGUGGCACAUCUUCCAGACGGGGUAGUGGUGACACUCCCAGUAUUAUACUAGACCCGGAUGCCUCUCUUAGUGAACUGAGGGACAUCUAUGAUCUAAAGGACCAGAUUCAGGAUGUAGAGGGGCGAUACAUGCAGGGGCUUAAAGAGCUAAAGGACUCUUUGACUGAAGUGGAAGAGAAGUAUAAGAAGGCCAUGGUAUCUAAUGCACAACUGGACAACGACAAGGCCAAUCUCAUAUACCAGGUGGACACACUAAAGGACGUCAUUGAGGAAAUGGAGGAGCAAAUGUCAGAACUGCGCAGGGAAACGGAGGAGAAGUCAAAGGAAUUAGAGAGGCAGAAACAUACAUGUUCUGUCCUGACGCACAAACAGGAUGAAUUAAAAGAGGGUAUUCGUCAGCGAGAUGAACUCAUUGAGGCGAACCAGAGCGUUCAGCUUAAGUUAGAUACUCUCAUGAGAGAGGUGUUUGAUCUGCAAGAAACUAUUAACUGGAAGGACAAAAAGAUUGCGGCCUUAGAGAGACAGAAAGAGUACUUUGAUUGCAUUAGGAAUGAAAGGGACGAGCUCAGAGAUGAGCUGGCUGACCUCAAGGGGAAAUCCAAAACAGGAGAGAAACAUGGACUCGUCAUUAUUCCUGAAGGACUGCCCAAUGGAGAUGUCGGUCCUGAAUCCCCCACCUCAGGAAUCACUGUUGUUACCCAAGAAGCUGCUCAGUUGCUGGAGUCAGCUGGAGAUGGACCUCUUGAUGUUCGGCUACGAAAGCUUGCUGAAGAGAAAGAGGAACUUUUAGCCCAGAUCAGGAAACUAAAAAUGCACCUGGAAGAAGAGCGACAGAAAUAUUCUAAGAUUGAUAAUGUUUUCCCUGAUGGAGAACGGGUGGAAAAUGGCACAGACUUGCACUUAAUUGAAAUGCAGAGGGAUGCCAACAGACAAAUUAGUGAAUACAAGUUUAAGCUCUCAAAGGCAGAACAGGAAAUGGCUACAAUGGAACAAAAUAUAAACAGACUUGAAGGACAGGUGUCAAGAUACAAAGCAGCAGCUGAUAACUCUGAGAAAAUUGAGGAUGAAUUGAAGGCUGAGAAAAGAAAACUUCAAAGGGAGCUGCGAACAGCCCUGGAUAAAACUGAGGAGAUGGAGAUGACCAAUAACCACCUGGUGAAGCGGCUGGAGAAGAUGAAAGCCAAUCGCAACGCUCUUCUCUCUCAGCAGUGAUGAGACGUGCCUUGGCCACUGUGCAUUAAAAAGGAAAAAGCUCUUAAACUUUAUCUCAGACUUUCCUGCCAAACACUUCAAAUGCUGCUUUUGCUCCCUAACACUUCACAUCUAUGGGAAACCAAAAAAAAAACACUUAGUAGCAAAAAAAAAAAACCUUUUUCCUCUAAAAAUAAGACUUCACAUCUGUUUGUCAGGAAGGGAGCACAUAAAAGUGAUUCAUUGUUUUUCUUUUGCUGAAGAUUUUAUUUUGCUGGUGUUUUGUGUUUGUUUUGCUUUGUAUAUCAUGUCAUUCACCUGGGUUUUAUUGUGUGGAUUGGGUGCUUGAUUUCUCUUUCUUAUGUCUUCUUCCUCCCCAGUAAGUUGCAUGAAUGAGUAUAAAAAUGUAUUAGAAAUGAAUUUUUACACAGCUUCUGCACACAUUGAUAUACAUUCACAACAAUGUGCCUUUGGUCAUAUGGGAACUAAGGGUUUGCAUUAUAAAGGAUAAAAUGGUAUUGGUACUGAAAAACGUAUUUAAUAUUGGGAUUUUGUCAUUCAGCAAAGUAUAAAACAUGUUUAUGUUUUUUUUCCAAACUAUUUAAAAUAAAUUAGUAAAUUACA